CUCGAUUACAGCAUGUUGCACCUUUUCUGAAAUGACACUCGCUGUUUGUUGUUACGUUCCAAACAUUAUUGGAUACAUUCGGGUUGUUCUGAUCCUCGUUGCUUGGUGCGCCUUCAAUAAUCCUGCAUUUUUUCUUCCCGUCUACAUAAUCUCUGUCAUCUUAGAUGGUAUUGAUGGCUGGACUGCAAGGCGGCUCCAUCAGACCUCCUAUUUUGGGGCCUGGUUGGAUGUUAUUAUUGACAACAUGGGGCGGAGUAUGAUCUGGACUGUGCUGUUCCAAUGGGGUUGGCUCAUUUCAUCUCUGGAGUGGUGCGUGUUUGUGUGCAACCACAGCGGCUUUGGCCUACAGUGGAAAAGUGGCUUCAAGAAGAGUCCUCCCUGGGUGAACUCCAUCAUGGCAAAUGGCUUUAAGACACCGUUGGGAGUAUUCACUAUCGCAGGGUUGCAUGUCCUGCCUGUGUGGCUGUAUGGAUACCAGUAUGGCUUCCUCACAAGCGCGCUUCACAUCCCACACUCACUUCAGAUCUUGGGGAUCCUCCUUUUGGCCGCAGGGAGACUGCUUUGUAUGUGUGUGGAGAUAUGGUGUGUUUGGAUCCACAUUCACUAUCUCACUGACAUUGAGGAAACCAAACAGAAGAACUGACAAGUGGACUGGUAAAGUGGUGAGACUCUAGACCAGGAGGACAUCCCAAACUGAACCAUGGCAAGGCCCCCCAUAUACCCGCCGUAGAUCUCAGCUGAGCUCAGUUGAGCUUAUUUUAUUAUGUUUAUUUUUUGUGCAUUAGUUAUUUAAUUUAUUGAAAUAUUUAAUUUGUUUUGCUAUGCUUUUCCUGUCAACCUGCUGCGGCCCGCCUAGCACCCACUCGUGACUUCACAGGGGUCCCCGGCCACCACUUACUUUGAAAACCAUUGCUCUAGACCAGUGGUUCUUAACCUUUUUUUCUUAAUGCACCCCCUUACCUGUGCCCAAAACAAGCCGUGCACCCCCAACUCAAACUUCUACACGUGUAUACGCACUAAAAAUGAUAUAAGUGAUCGAUUACAAUCAUUUUUGCUUGAGACAUUAAUCAAUACCUCAAUACCUUUACAUGGGGACCGAAAGAUGUUUUAAUUUGGCUUAAUUAUAAUGUUUGCUAGCAGAAUUUUGGUCCAAACGUCAACACAAACAAAAAUUCUGUGCACCCC